AUGAGAAGCAGUACCAGGAGGUGCCUUAAGCUGUUGAUCGCCGUUUAUGUAAUUUGUUCCAAACAUAUCAUGUGCCUACGAAAAAGGUUUUUCUUUAACUUCUUGGAUAAGGGUAAAGUGGUCCUGUUGGUAUGUGUGAAGAGAAAAAAUGUGAUGCGCGUGAGUAACAGCUACGUGAACAGCUUGAUAUACACGAGGGAGGAUGACAUAUAUAAGAUAAACCAGCUGGAGGGCUGCACGCCCCGAGUCGGUGGCAAGUUAGCGGACAAGUUGAGCGUAGCGCAAUUGGUCGGUAGUUCGAGCGACGUGCCGGCCGCUGCGCAGAGCGAUGACGCAAGCAUCAUCUCGAACAGCAACUUGGACACUUUGCACGAUGUGCAUGAUGUGGAGGACGAGCGAAGAGAGGACAGCGUGGGUGGCGCCCCUGAAGGGAGCAGCACCGUAGAGUCUCUCCUCCCCAACCAGUUCGAGCCAUCAGAUUACGAACUACAAAUGUACAAGAACAAAUGGAAGAUUCCAAUUUACUGGAUAAAAAAAUUGGACAGGUUAAAAAAUAUUAACGCCAUUAAUUGUUUACAACUUUUGAAGGACGAUAAUUUGCUGUACUUUGACAAUUAUAAAAAUAAAGGUUUGUUAAAAUUUUUAAAUGAAGAAAAAAAAAAAUAUAGCAACUGCAUUAUUUUGGUGCGUGUUGGAGAUUUUUAUGAAACCUAUGGACUGGACUGCAUUUUCCUAAUUGAAUUUUUAAACAUAAAAAAAAUGAACAAUAAAUUAUCAUGUGGUUUUAUAAAGACGAGUAUCAACAAGGCUCUACACAUUUUAACGAGUAACAAUUUAAAUGUUUGUGUGUAUGAGGAGAUGAAUGAGAUAUCCUUGAAGAUGAAAAAGAGGUACCUUUCACAGAUUGUUACUCCUGAAUUUCCCAUUUAUCUGAACAACAUACAAUAUUGCCAGGGGGAUAGAAACAAUGUGGAGGAUGAGUCCUCUGACAAAGGGAACAAUCUCUUUUUUCAGUCAUACGAUUUGGAAGACCACUUUGUGGUGAAGGAAAUCGUGUGCAUUUACAUUGAAAGUAAGAAUAUUUUUUCUCUGUGUAAAAUUAACUUAAGUUUGAAGACCAUUUCUAUAUUCGAUAAUAUAACAUUUGAUGUGCUAAAUGUUUAUUUGAAGAAUACAAACUUUCUGAAGGCUUACAUUCACCAACAUCACAACUCGAGCUUCACGAAAAAAAUUACGCAGCUAUUUCGGGUCGAAAAUUAUUACCUCUUUAGUAACUUUAGCAGCAGUCUGCGUUUUCAUUUGUUUAUACUGGAUAAGCUGAAGCGCCAGAUAAAUGUGGGAGGCUUGUUCAGGCUUAUAAGGAACAAGAGUGUGUUUCGUGUUGGCACGGAUAACAACCGUGCUGUGUCGGAGAAGCCAGCCAAGGAUGCACACACAUACUACUCCUAUUGCACCCCUCUUAACAUAUUUACGAGUUAUAACAUGGGAGUGUACAGGCAGAAUAAUUGCUACGAUAACAGAAGUAGCUACCUCUUUUAUAACAUAGUGGAUGUGGACAACAGUGACUCAAACAGUAUCAACAUUAACGAGUCGAUGGAGUUUUUUAAAAAUAUUUUUCUUUUUUAUCCUCCCUUCAACGUUACAAAACAUAUAAGAUACAUAAAUGAGUACAUUCAGAGGAACCAACAAAACUUAAUCAUUCCAAACGUGAGACCUUUUCGCAACAACGUCAUUGUUACUCUUUUGUCUAACUUGAAGGCUGAUCAUACAACGUUAAAGAAAAUAUUUACCAAUGUGCAGGCAGUACACAAGUGCAUGCACCGAUUUGAGUACUCCCUAUUGACAUCCAUUUUUCGAGUGAUGAAUCACCAGAACAGCUUUGAUUUAAAUGUUGUUAAAUUUUAUCAUUUGCUAAAAAAUAUUGAAAGCAUUUUGGUGGCCAACUUGGAAUUGCAUCCCUCCACUUUUUGUUACCGGUCUGACAUUCCUGCCUUUAAUGAAUUCGUUUUUUAUCACGAAAAUGAGGUGCAUAAUUUAGUUAAUGAGAAUUUGCUGAAGGAGGAGAAUGAAGCGAUUGUGGAGGCCAGGAAAGAUUUAUUUGAAAGUGUCCUUCGUGAUUAUGCUGAUUUUGAAAAUAAUGGGGGGGGGAGGAACAAAUACGAUUUAGAUGGCCUCAACAAAAUGUUGAAAGUGGAUAACACGAAUGACAUUAUUGGGAUAAAAAAGAGAAAGAAGAAUUUUCAAUCUGGUCAUUUCUUUCAUCCAUUGAAUAAAAAAUCGGAUGUGAUGAAAAAUGUUUAUGUGACUGAACACGUGCAAAAGAGAGUGAAGAGCUACUUGUCUGCCAUUGAUAGGAAGAGACGCCGAAUCAACGACAUUAUUCGCGGCGUAAAUGUUCAGCUGUCCUCUUCUGUACAUAUUCUUUCCUUUGUGUCUAACUUUUUGCAGAUCGUGCAGGCCCUGUACAACCACACCAUAAACAGCAUCAAGCGCAAGUGGAGCCUGCCCAUCUGCAAGCACCUAACUGUGACGUACGCAAAGAAGACCUUUGACACCAUCGAAGAGAAGCUGAGUUACAUGCAGAGGUGCCUGUACGACGAGGAAGAAAACACAGCUGGGAAGGACAACCAGGAUGGAACGAACGAUCCAUUGGACCAUUCAGAUGGGCAACCUUUUAUCCAACUGAGUGAAGAAGAAGAGAAACAAAUAAAACGAAAUGUGGAUCCCGAUUCAAUCGGGGAGAUAAAAAAAAUUUACAAAAAAAAAAAUUACAUGAAUGACUCUGUGGCGUAUAUUUUAGGAGCCAAGCCGUACAAUAUGAGUAAAGACAACUUAGUCAAGUACGAUAUUUUUUUAAAAAAAAAAAAAUUCAUUUUGCUGACUGGCAAAAAUAUGAGUGGGAAGACGACGCUGUCCUUUACGUUGCUGUGUAUCCUUUUUCUGGCCAACCUGGGCAUGUACGCCCCCUGCGAGGAGAAAAGCAUUGUCUCGAAAUUCCGCGAAUUCUACAGCUUAAAGAAUGUGAACUAUCAGGAGCAGAUUGAGAAUAUGUCCCUAUUCAGGGAACAGACCUACUACAUAAAUUCAAUAAUUGAGGAGAUCAAGGAAAACAGCCCCUUCUCCGGACAGUCUACUCGGGAUGGGGAGAUUUUCAUUCUGUUUGAUGAACCUUGCAUAGCGACGACGCCAGUGGACAAUGCGGUGAUCAUCAGCGCCCUGUCGGAGUACCUCCAAAACUACUGCGGAAUAAUAAUCACACACAACUACGACUUGUUGAGGAAAAUUUGCCUGAACAACAAUAUCGUUUUUAAAAAAAUAAAUGAAAGCAUAAACUAUUUGACGACCCAAACAUAUGAGCAAAGAGCCACGCUGGAAAAUGGAGUUUGCAAAAACAGCGAAGCGUUGGAAACGUGUAGGCACACAAAGGUUGAUGGUAAACUAUUGGACCUCUUAACCUUGUACCAAAAGAAAUACAAGUUGAUACAUAAUUUAAGUGACAGUCUGUAUUACAAAUUUUUAGAGUACGUAAAAUGUGAGGACGGACAGGGUGGGAAAAAAAGUGUGAACGAUUUUUUUGCAUAUUGUUUGAAUGGCCCUUUGGAGGAAGGGGGAACACACCAAGGUUAUUUUGCCGAGGGACAGAAAAUGAUGGGUACAGUGGAAGGAGACAGCUGGAAAGAUAUGAGACACUGUUUGGAAUUUAUGCAGAGAGGACAGACCGAUGAGGCAGUUGACAACAGGAUUAGGGUUGACAAUUCGAAUGUGAACGAGGAAGAGCCAUAUGCUGGAAGGUUGCUCAACUGUAGUGAGGAUAAAAACUUGGGGAGUGCCACUCUGGACGCGGACAUGGUUCGUAAAAUGGUCCGCAAAAUGCAGGAGAAGGAACUUACCGUAGCAAUGGAGCAAAUUGAGGAUGCAGUGAAAAGAAAAGUUUUUAAAAUUGCAAUGAAUGAGGAUGUCCCCAUUUUUUUUAAAAACAAGAGUGUAGUUUACAUUUUGUGCAUAUUUGCUCAGAAAAAAAAAAAACCAUAUUUUUACAUAGGAAUAAGUGAUAACAUUUCCGAGAGGUUAAAAUGCCACACGAGGAAUUUAUUAAACAAUAAAAAUCUUUUAAAAAAUGAAAAAAAAAAUAACAUACUAAAUUAUAAAUUUGACAUGGACUCCUUUUACACACUUUUGUUUCACGUGGAAAAUAAAAUGUUCGCUUCGAAAUAUGAGAGGGAGUUAUCGGACUUGCUGAAAGAUGGAUAUGACAUUUUGUCCAAGUAG